AUGUUGGGUACUGAUACUUGGCAUGCAGUUCGUUUUCUUGAUUUAUUUAAAUGGGAUUUGAGGGAAGGUUACCUUAUUUCGUCUUUGCCUAGAGUGAAUCGGAUGCAGAAUAUUGAUGCAAUGAUUAGACUUGUUUAUGCUUGCCUUAUUUAUUGGCUGGCCGGUAUGGUUGUUCUGUUUUUGCUUUGGGCGGUGGGUUGGCAGUUGCUUAAAAGGCUGUAUCGAUUGUAUAUAAGGUAUAAGACAGUUCGUUGGCAGACCAAUCAAACUGAUACGGCGGUUUGGAAUAUUUACCUGCAGGCGAAUAAAUCUUUCCUGCAAGCGUCUAAUUCACCGGACGCUAAAGAAGAUACGGUGAUUGUUUUCACUGAAUCUUCAUCCCCAGUUGCACCCGAUAAAAAGUCAACUCCACCUAUCAUAACAUCAACUCCACUCAAACCUCUUGUCCCACCUAAACCUAAACCUACUACUUCAACUUAA